AUGUCGGAGCUCGUGCCUCGUUCACACGCCAAGCAUGGACGCUUCCCAAAGCCAUCGUUUGGACGAUCCAACAAACAGCACCAUUCACUGUUUCGUCCCAUGAACGAUCAUCGCAUGAAGGAGCACACGCGACACGAGGAGGACCAGACGCUGGCUGCAGCUCGUGAGGCCGUGGCCAAUGCAGGCAUUGUACCUGCGCAGCACCAACCCAAGUCAACCCGAGCACAAGACUUGUCGCGUCGUGCGAACUCUGAAGGUGCCUCCAUGAAGCGCAAGCCCCGCCAAUUCACCAAUCUGCCUGUGGAGACGAUGCUGGGUGAAGUGCCACAUGCCCCCGCCUCGGUCUUUGCUCAGGGCGGUCCAGCUACCGUCCCAUUCACGUACCACGAACCCAAGAACUUCAUUCCCAAGCAGUCUCGCUCGGAAAUCGCGCGUGAAGAGGCCGUUCGCAUCCAUGCUCUGCGUUUCCGCCGUGAGCAGUUGAAUGCUGACGCUAUCAGAGAACGGGAGGCACGCAAGCUUGCCGCUCAAAUGGACGAAGAGCCUCAUGUGGUCUCGGAAUCUCGGGGCAAGUCCAUCUUCAUCGAAGAUGGCGUGCCUCCGCCCCUUCCCGAGAAGGACCUUGCGAACGAUGAGCCAUCUCGCUCGUACCUGACCCCUAGGAUCAGGGAUACUGCCGCCAUGCCGUCGUUGUUGAGCUCUGAGCAGACAAAUUCGGUGGUGUACAACCCGAAACCCCUUAGCUAUCUUUCUGGCAGCACUCUCCUUACCAGCAGUGCACCUGUGCAACCAUCCGAACCCAAGGACACGACGUCAAGUGUGGGUGAAAACUUGACGCCUGCUCAAUUUGCCGAAAUGACCAUGGCUGACUUUAGUACUGUGCGUGCUGGCUCCACGCUGCCAGACUACCUGUCCAAGCGUCCCGAGGUACCUACCCUCGAGGAGGAUCGGGACCAGGAAGAUGCUAAGGCUGCUGUGCCUGUGUCAGAAACUCUAGACAACCUUCGUCCAUCUGACACUGACGUAUCUGGUCGUCAUGUACCUGAAAUCCCAGAGUCUGACGUCACGCUGCUUCCUGACAUCUCCACUGUCUCUGAUGCUGCGCGUGCGAAAGAAGAUAACAUGGCCGAACUAGCACGCAAGGAGGCUGACCUUGCCCGUCAGGAAGCUAUUCUAGCUCGUCUUGAGGCUCAAAAAGCCCGCGAGGAGGCUGAAAGGGUCCGUCGCGAGGCUGAACAGAUUCGUCGUGAAGCCGAAGCGGCUCGUGCUGCUGCUGUUGAGGCUCGCGAAAUAGAAGUCAAGCUCGUUGAAGAGGCACGUCGCGCCGAAAAUGCCAGAAAGGCUGAAGAAGCCAAACGGGCCGAGGAGGCCCGGAAGGAAGAGGCCCGCAAGGCGGAAGAAGCUAAGAAAGAAGAGGCCCGCAAGGCGGAAGAAGCUAAGAAGGAAGAGGCCCGCAAGGCGGAAGAAGCUAAGAAAGAAGAGGUCCGCAAGGCCGAAGAAGCUAAGAAGGAAGAGGCCCGCAAAGCGGAAGAAGCUAAGAAAGAAGAGGCCCGCAAGGCGGAAGAAGCCAAGAAGGAAGAGGCUCGCAAGGUCGAAGCCAAGAGCGCGGCUUCUGUGCAGACGCCUUCCACCUCGAAAGCCGCCGACGACCUCCCUCCGUAUGCGUCGCCACAUCGCAUCACUCAUCUUCCGGCUUACCUUCGUAAUGGCAUUACCAACAUGAUGCGUGCUCAUCCAGCGAAGCCCUCGUCUUCUCCUGCUACGACGACCAAGCUCACCUCUGCCCAAUCUUUCUCGAGCCUCCCAAAGUCUCCAGUCGAUUCAGGCAAGGUCGCCGCGGUGCCGCCAAAGACAUCUAUUCCCGCUCCCGCCGAAGCGGCGACGUCAACUCGUAAUAAGGUGGACCAGGAGCCUUCAUCAAAGCAAAAGGAUGCCCCAAUUUCGGCCAAGAAUGAGCCCACUAAGGCGGCCAACGCUAGUGCCCCUGUGCAGCGCGUAUUUCCUCAGCUCGAAAUUGUGCAUGUGCAUCCAAAGGGAGGCUCUAGGCCUGCGCCAAAGACGACUGUCCUGCCUUCAAAGCCAAGCAAAGAUGAGCCUAGUGUGACAGCCAAGUCCUUUAAUGCAGAAAAGGCUCCUACCUCGACGCCAUCGUUCUCAUCCCUGCCUAAGGGAGAACUGUCGUCUCGUUAUGGCCUGUUCAUCGUGGGAGAUGCGGAGGGCAAACCAGAACUUGCCAAGCCGGCCAAAUCCCACGGUGACCUCUCCAACGAGCCAUCGGCUCCCAGUGCGCCCGUUCUUGAUGAGGAGCUUUCGAAAAAGACGCCUAUCAAGCCUGUGGCUCGUGAAGCCAAUGCUCCACUGAACCUGCACUCCGGCUCCAAAUUAGCACCGGCUAUUCAAAACAUCGGCUAUCUUAAGACGAAAGAUUCGGCACCUGCGACCGAGAAAACAUCCAUCUCCAACAACCAGCAGAGCCGCAAUAGCGGUGUCGAUUCGAAACAAGAGCCUGCCCCUGCUUCUUCGAACGUUGUUCCGCGCGAAGUGAACCAAAGCACGCAGGAGAACCUGGCUCAACCUACCUCUAAGGCAGUGGACAACCUGGAGCCUGCUCAGGCUGCCGCUGAGCCAAAGCCUGAUGCGACUGCUCAGAGUGCUCCAUCUACGGAACAACCCUCAGCUACCGUGUCAGACAAGCCGGACUUGCCUUCAUCGAAGCCCAAAGAAGAGUCUGAACCGAAGCUUGAGAAGGAGUCGACUGAGAAGGCUGUGAACAACAAGGCUGAGGAAACUGAGACCAAAGCGGAGCAAGAGCUCAAAGAGGAUGCAGCGGAGCCGACCGAGGACCAGCCAGGAGCCAAGACCGACAACCGUGCCCAGAGGAGAAAGGCUCAGAAGGAAGCUAAGAAGGCCAAGAAGACCUAA